CCCAACUCUGUGAGCGGUCACUCUGACGGUUCUACCGACGAAAGAGACAUCACCCUCCGAAACUUCGUCAGCAGAGAAACAGGCAGUCGUAGCUGUACAAGAUACCCGCGAGUGUACCAUGGCAAGCAUCACGAUCUACAGCGAGGAGCGCCUGCGUGGCACCAAGAAGACGUACUCUGGAAAUGGAUGGCUUCCUCGGGACCCCUCAUGGGUAGUGGACUCGGCCGGUCCAGCAUGGGUGGACUCCAACGGAGUGACGUACGAUGCCGGGAAGGCCCUGGAAGGGAACCCUGACACGUACUGGGACCCAUGACCGGCCAUGGCUACAACGACUGGUUCAUCGUGCUUGAUCUCAAAGAGUCCUACACUCUGAACCGCAUCGGGAUAACGAACGUCGGAGACCACACGCACGACACCAAGGUCUUCAAGCUGCAGAAGUCGGAAGCUGGGCGCCCGUACAACUGGGAGGACGUGGUGUCCGUUGACAACGUACAAAGUGGGGAUCAACGUCAGGUGUUCGGAGGCUUCCAGGGGAAAGCCCGUUACUGGAAAUUAGUGAUCACGCAGACCUACACGGGCUGGCAGCCGUAUGUGAGAGAAUUGGAGCUUUACGCGUCAGGAUUUGCUGCCGUUGAGGACGUCCCAUCCGGAGAGAACACGUGCCACUCCAUCAAGGUGAGCAGUGGAGAGUGGCUGGUUUACUCCAACAACAACUUCGAGGGGACUUCCAUCCGCCUGCCGGCCGGCAUCUACCCCGACCCCGGCCACAUCCGCAAUCUGCACUGCGGCUGUGACGCCACUUGGAACGACCAGGUUCGCUCCCUUCGCCCCAUCAACCAGGACGCCAUCACCCUGUUUGACAAGAACGACUUCUGUGGAUCCGAGAAGAGCCACCAGACCAGCAACCCCAACAUCGAGAUGGACAACUGCUGCUCCAUCAUAGUCCGUGAUAGGACAUGUUGAAAUGUUGUUGCAUGAAAUGCAAGGACCACAUGAUCAUCAUGAUCGUCUUUAGUAUAAUUGACCCUAACUCCUGCUAUAGGCGUUACAAAAUUCUCAAAAGAUAUCUUAGGCCAAUAAAUAUGCGCAAUGCAUGCUGUUGAAUUAUUUUCGGUCCGUUUUAUGUUGUUGUCUUUCACAUCAUACUUAUCGUUCCCGAAAGCUGCCCGGCCGGGCCCCUUUGUGGAAAUGUCACCUUAGCCUUACUGGGUAUGACAUCUGAGAUUUCUUGUUCUUUCGUUCAUUGCAGGUGGAUGGUGGAAGGUGUUUCCUUAUGGAGACUACAACGGAAAUUAUGACUGGUGCCGUGGAGAGUUCAUUAUUGGGCCGGGUAACUACCGCUUGAACAUCUACUGUCCGGGCAACGACAGGAUCACUGUCGGUUCUGUGCAGAAGGUGCCGUGCCCUUACUAGUCCCCACUCCUUUACACAACAACUUGUCUCAUGUAUCAAGGAACAACUGAUAAAUGACAAAAAAUACCCAUCCUAUAACAUUAGCGAAAUGACAAACAUUGCUUUUUCUUUGACAUUGUUUGAAUGGAAAAAAAGGCAUUGAAUGCACCCACCUCUAAAGUUGACUUUAAGUCUUCUGCCUGCAUUACUCCCAGUGUAUAAGAGUCCGGUCUGAAAACUUUAUUGGGCACCCAAAAGGCAAAACGUGUGCAUAUCAUAAUUCCCAUGGCCCACCUGAUGUAAGACAUUCAAAAUUGAAGCUUUUGAAUGUCUUAGGAUUUAACUACUAAAAUUUUGGGAUUCGAGCUAUUGUGCAGUUACAAAUACCACGAACACUUUUCAUCCCUUCUAGAUAAAUCUGCAAUUUUAAUGAAAUAAAGAACCUAAAAUAAAAAGCAAAGUAUCUCCAGAAACACCGUUCGUCUAUGUGUGGCCUUAAAAGGUCCAUAAUUUUCCAUCUACCUGAUGGAAUCGUUCUAUCUCUCCAAGGAAAUACCUGAAUGGAGAACCUUUGUGCGUGAGACAAGUUGUAGUUGGAGUGCCGACGAGUGAGUGAAGUCAACAAGAUUGACAAAUAACGCUUUGAUGCUUCUGGCAAUCAUAAUCUGGUGAUCGUUUCCUGAUGGUAAAGGUUUGGGCUGUCUUUUCGACACAAUCAAAGAGUCCGCUUACUGAAUAUUCAACUUACUAAAGGGCUUGACAUUUUCAACACCUAAAGUUCCUUGCAGCAGACAAACCUUAUCUGCAUCACCAAAGAUCAUAAUGUUUCUUUGGGAUUUCCAUAGCUACCCACCUACCCACAUUCAUAUAAAACCUUCAAGACAAUCUUGCUUUCACGAGUUAUAGCUGCUAACACACAAACUCAACCAAAACAAGUACCUCCGUCUGAUGUUACAUUCCUUUCCAGAGUAAAAUUAGGCUAGCCCCUGAGGCGUCGCCAAAAAAUCUGCAUGCACAUAUUAAACACAUUCAGUACACGGACUGCAGGUUAUGUGCUUUAGAGAUACCUACACAGCUACAGCGCUAACCUAAAUGAUUGGCUGACUGGUAAUCUCCAAGUUCAUGCAGUAUUGUGUUUGAAAGGCACAGCCCAAUCCUUCUUCAAUCAUAGCUGGUUUUAUCAUAAACUUAUUAAAUGUGUAACUUUAAUCUUCAAGAGCUAAUGUAGGGUUCAGAUGGAUGGAGGAAAGCAAAGAUAUAUGAGAAAAGAGAACCAUCGGAAAGACUUAGAAAAUGCCUGAAAAAAAAGUAAAGUACUGAGCUGGACCCUACAUCUGCUUGGAGAUUAAAAAACUUUCGGAAAUGCUUUUCGGCGCGAAAACUGCAGGUGGCUUUGUCAGACACUUCUUGAAAUUUGACAGUUGACUUUUUGCAAACCUACAGUGCCGGUUUUCUGAAUUACAUUGAAUGUCAGUCCUUACGAUGGAAUUUGUUAGGGAAGAUGAGAGAAAUUGUAGCAGUUUUAAAUACAAGUAAUUAAAGUCCUACAUUACAUUAGUUUCUAAUCAACCUUCAGGUACAUUACAUGACCACUUGUUCAAUGACGUAAAAUAUCAUCUUGUACGUCCGAAUCUGUAUCCUCCUUGAUAAUGAGAUCUGUAACAAAACUGGCAUAUGAAGACUGAUGCUAUCUGUAACAAGUGAUACAUCUUUAUAGAAGGAAUAGCACGUUUUAGCAACAAAAUAAGUCGAAGUUCACUUAAAUAAAGUGUGCCAUUACAUACAUCCCAGCAGUUAUGUUAACAUACUAAUCCCACUGUUAUCUUAAGAAAACGGCCAAGCAAUGUGUAAACAAACAUCAGAAAUGUCAAGCCAUUGCUGUCAACUUGUCAUAAAUUUUUCAUGAACGCUUAGCAAUAAAACUUGCAACCAAA